AUGAAGUCCUCUGUAUUCGCGCUCGCCGCGUCGGCUUCUCUCGCCAGUGCGCAUACGAUCUUUCAGCAAGCCUAUGUCAACGGCGUCAGCCAGGGCCAUCUCACAGGCAUCCGUGUCCCCGAUUACGACGGCCCUAUCAGUGAUGUAACGUCGAAUGAUAUCAUCUGCAAUGGAGGCAUCAACCCAUACCACUCCCCCCUCCCCUCAAGCGUUAUCACCGUCCCCGCUGGCGCGCAAUUCACAGCAGAGUGGCAUCAUACGCUCAACGGCGCGGACGCGAGCGACUCACAGGACCCCAUCGACCCCAGUCACAAGGGCCCAACGAUAACCUACAUGGCCGCGAUUCCAAACGCCAUGCAGAGCACUGUUACCGGGCUGAAGUGGUUCAAGAUCCAGGAAGACGGCCUGAUCGCGGGCAACCAGACGUGGGGCGUCGACCGCAUGAUCGCGAACAAAGGGAAGGUGACGGUGACGAUCCCGUCCUGCAUCCCUGCCGGGCAAUAUCUGCUCAGACACGAGAUCAUCGCUUUGCAUGGUGCGACUGCAUACCCUGGUGCCCAGUUCUACAUGGAAUGCGCACAAAUCUCCGUCACUGGCGGCGGAAGCACACAACCCGCCACCGUGUCGUUCCCGGGUGCCUACAAGGGCAGUGACCCCGGCAUCACCGUCAACAUCUACUACCCCACGCUCACCAACUACACCAUCCCUGGCCCGCCCGUUUUCAGCUGUUCCGGAUCGGGCUCCGGCUCCGGCUCCGGCACGACACAGGCGGGGACCACGACCGUCAAGACGACCACGACGUUUGCUAGCGGGACGACGACAGUCAAGACCUCGACGUCCGCGGUCUCGACCUCAACCGGCACGGUAGCGCAGUACGGCCAGUGCGGCGGUUCCGGAUAUACUGGUGCCACUGGAUGUGUCAGUCCAUUCAAGUGCACCGUCGUCAACGACUACUACAGCCAGUGCCUGUAG